AUGUCGCACCUCCACCGUGCCCGAUCCACGUCGUUGGUCCGGCAGCCUUCUAUUGUAGCUUCAGCGCCGGUAAGGUGUAGUCGUAGUAAAGUUAAAAAAGUAUAAGUAUAAUAUAAAUGUUCGAAAAAUAUUUUUACAACAAGUAGUUGAUUGUCUCUCACCUUUAGCUGAGAAGAUCAUACUCUGUCAGAAACCUUGCCACUCCAAAGCCAGAGCUCUCUUCUGACUUCUCAUGUCAGGCCACCUACUACCCUUACCGCAACUACAGAGACUACAGCGACAUCUACGACGACCAUCGCUACGACAAGUACCGUUACUUCAGUCCCUUGUACGAUAGAAGUCUGUUCCCCUACUUCUGGGGCUACCCCUACUCCAACUGGAGCCAUUACAAGAACUACUUGUACCACUACACCUACCCCGCCUCCUACUACCAACGUCACCGUGUCCCCAUCCGAGAUACCAGCUACCUACCACACUGGUACGGUGCUUACAGACCCUACUAUAACUAUUGA